AAACCAGUGACAUGGUUUGCAGUGCAGACAAAAAAUUGCUACCAUGUCAAAGUACACCAUUAACUGCGUUUUCCUUUGUGUUCUGGGUAUAGCCCAGCUGCAGGCUCUUGUUUCCCACGCCCACCACAGCGCCGCAGCCUUCAUCGCCUUCCACAACAUGGCGCGCAUGGAAGUCGGGGUCGGUCCCUUGCAGUGGAACACAACCCUACAGGCAUACGCUAAGAAGUACGCUCGGCAUCAGAGAUCCAUGGGCUGCAAGAUGAUCCACUCCAAUGGCCCUUACGGAGAGAACCUUUUCUGGGGCUACGGCUUCGGCUUCAUGGAUGCGGUGGCUGCCGUGAAAGCGUGGGUUGACGAGAAGGCAUUUUACGAUUACGGGACCAAUGACUGCUUGAUGGGAAACCAAUGUCUGCAUUACACGCAGGUGGUGUGGAAGGAUACUACUCAGUUAGGCUGUGCUCGAUCCUUUUGUUCUAAUGGAGGAGUCUUCAUCACCUGUAAUUAUUAUCCUCCUGGGAAUUAUCUUGGAGAGAGGCCUUAUUGAUCAUUAUAAUUAAUGAAAUUAUGGCCUUAAUAUUAGAAAAAUUAAUUAUAUAUAUGUAUUAUCAAGCAUUCUGGUUUUGGGGAAUGGCUUAGAUUCGUCUAAUGUCACAUUGUUUCUUUGAAUCUAAUAUAAAUACUCAAGCGCGCUUUUUCGCGAAGA